AUGGCCGACACCAAGCAGGCACCUGCUGCGGCAGCAGACACCAAGACCGAGACCAAGACUGAGACCAAGACCCGUCCUACCUUGCCUGAUGAGGCCGAAUACCAGAAGAAGCUGAAGGUUGCCGAGAAGGAGCAUAAGGAUGCUCUCGAUCAGCUGAACGCCAUCAAGGCCAAGAUCGAUAUCGCCAUGCCCAACAAGAACAAGGAGCAACAGUCCCCCACUCAGAAGCGCCGCGCCGAGCUCAUUGCCCAGGCCAACGAGAUUCGUCAGAAGCAGGGCGCCGGCAAGAACGCCCGUACCUCCAAGCUUGACCAGAUCAAGCGCCUCGACGAGCAGCUCCGCUCCCGCAUUGCCGAGCAGAAGACUGCCCGCUCCAAGGUCAACUACAAGAGCGUCGAGGAGGUCGACCGCCAGAUCGAGAAGCUCGAUUCUCAGGUCAACUCGGGCACCAUGAAGAUUGUCGACGAGAAGAAGGCCCUCGCCGAGAUCUCUUCUCUCCGCAAGCUGAGGAAGAACUUCUCCCAGUUCGACGACUCGCAGAAGCAGAUUGACGACCUUAAGUCCAAGAUUAAGGAGAUCAAGGACUCGAUGGAGGACCCCGAGGCCAAGGCCAUGUCCGAGCAAUACAACAAGAUCCAGGCCGAGCUGGACGCCAUCAAGGCCGAGGGCGACGAAGCCUACAAGAACCUGUCCUCGCUCCGUGACGAGCGUUCGAGGCUCCACAACCUUCAAAACGAGAAGUACCAAGCCGUCAAGACCAUUAAGGAUGAGUACUGGCAACAGCGCAAGGCCGCCCAGGCCUACGAGCGUGAGGCUCGUGAGAAGGCCCGCGAGAGAAGAAAGGCCGAGCAGGACCGCUACCACAAGGAGCGCAAGAAGGCUGAUGCCGAGAAGUUCCUCGCUGAUGCCAGCGACCCCGCCUACCUGGAGGAGAUUCGUCGCGCCAACAGCCUGCUCCAGUUCCUCGACCCCACCCACAAGGUCGAAAAGGCUCCUCUCCAGGCUGACAGCGGUCUCAGCGCCCAGGCUUCGCGUACCGUUGACGACUCCGGUCUCAAGGGCAUGAAGAUUGUUUCCAAGAAGGACCGUGAUGAUGAGCUGUUCCCCGCCGUCAAGAAGGGGAAGAAGGGCAAGAAGGGCGGCGCCUCCGAGGAGAAGGCCGGCAAGUUCAACUGCCCGCCCUCCGUCGUUGAGGACUGUGCUUUCCUGGGUAUCGACCCCCCUAUGAGCCAGGCCGACGUUCCCGCCGUCGCCGAGAAGGUCAAGGCCAAGCUUGAGCACUGGAAGUCUGACCAGGAGGCCCAGACCCAGCGCAACAUCGAGAAGGCCAAGAAGCAGCUCGAGAAGCUCGAGGCGGACGAGGCCAACGGUGUCACCAGUAACGGCGACGCGGUCGAGGAGGUCACCAAGGAUCUCGAGGAGACCUCCGUCGAGGAGAAGGCAUAG